AGUCAAUCAUUCUGUGCUCUGAGUGUGCAGCAAGGUUGUGUAUAUACCCCGAACAUCGUCUCCCUCAUCUUUAUUGGCGUCUGGUAACAGUAUGAGCUUAGCUGUGAAGAUAAUGGUUUCUACCUCAUGGCUAUAAAUAUAAAAAGAUCCCAGUCGCUGAACAUACCCAUUGAGAGGAGAAUAAUGUGUCGUUUGGACAGAAUAAUGGCUACAGGGGAGCCCAGCUGGCCCACGCCAAUGAAGGCCAUUGGUGCCCAGAAUCUACUGACAAUGCCUGGCGGAGUCACAAACGCAGGGUACCUGCACAAAAGGGGAGGAAAACACUUUCAGCUCUUAAAAUGGCCGCUGAGAUAUGUGAUUAUACACAAGGGUUGUGUGUAUUACUUCAAAACAAGCACCUCUGCAUCAUCACAAGGAGCCUUCUCUCUAAAUGGCUACAACAGGGUAAUGAGAGCAGCGGAAGAAACCACAUCAAGCAACGUGUUUCCCUUCAAAAUGGUUCACAUCAGUAAGAAGCAUCGGACGUGGUACUUUUCAGCAGCAUCGGAGGACGAGAGAAAGAAAUGGAUGUUAUCGCUUAGGAAAGAAAUUGACCGCUACCAUGAGAAAAAGGAGACAGUCACAGAUUUAAGUGAUGAAGAGUCAGAAACCGACAGCUUCUAUGAUUCAGUGGAACGUCCUGUGAAUAUUAAAUAUACACACAAUCCAGCAGAUGAUAGUUGGCAAGAUGAUGAUGAAGAUGAUGAAGAUUAUGAGCUACCCGAUGGAGCAGAAGCUAGUGCACCAUCCUAUCCCCCACCACCAAUUCCACGGACGAAACAGAGUGAGAGAAGGAUAUCCGAUGUUCCAACACCCACUAAGCACCUUUCUCCUAUUUCCUCUACUAAAGCCAGCUUACCUGAUCUGAAAGAGCUAGAUGUCACAAAUCCAAGAAAGAACUUUCCCAGCACAAAGCCACCUCCACCCCCAAUACCUGUAUUUCCUGUAGUUCACAAUAAAGGGGAGCCACCACCUCCUCCUCCCCCAAUUGCACCCGUACGAAGGAUUUCAACUGACAUGAUUGAGAAAGAGGUGCCAAGUCAAAGAAAGGAAUCUACUUGCCUCCCCAACCACAACGUUUCUGAAGCAAGUAUAAAUCUCCCACCUCCCUUACUACAACCAUUACCUCAACGAAGAGGUAUUAUAAACUGUGAACCUAGGGGGACCAGGGCAACAAAACCCCAGUCAGGUGAGAGUGUUGUUAACAAUUUGAGUAAAGAACUCAACAAUAAGUUUAAAAUGAGCUCUCCUAUACCACCUCCAGUACCAACAAACAAACCAGGAACUGACAAGUCUAUAGGAACAAUUACUAGACCACCUCCAGUCCCACCAAGCAAACCCAACAACCAAACAUCUAUGUUUAAACCAAACAAUGUUAUGACCACUCCAAGUCCUCCAGUACCUCCCAACAAGCCCAGAUUAGACUCUAUUGAGAAAUCACCUAAUGUCAGCCCUAUCAUCGAAGGAACCAAACCUACUCUGCUAAAGAUAAGUCUACAGAAGCCUCCACCCAUAUCCAGGAAUCAGAUGGCUGGAAAGAAUUGUGCAGCAGUGGAAAGACCCUCCGCUUCUCCAAUAUUGAGAACGUCACCGGAUGGACAGAGUUUUAGGGCAUUUGCACUGGAAACUCCAGUUAUCCCCGCAAAGCGGAAAGAUACGUUGGAUGACAAAAGCGACAGUGAGGACGAUUAUGAAAAGGUUCCCUUACCUCCCUCUGUAUUUAUUGAUACCACUGAAUCUGCUGACAUUGAAAGGAUGUUCAAAGCUGUGAGCCAAAGAGGAAGUCCCGAGAAUGGGCUAUUCUGUAUUAGAAAGUCUGCAAAGGCCGGAAAGGUUUUAGUUGUGUGGGAUGGGAUGGCCGACAAAGUCCGGAACUACAGGAUCUUUGAAAAGGAUAACAAAGUUUACCUAGAAGCAGAUGUAUUGUUUGAAGACGUUGGAAGUCUGGUUGAACACUACUAUGCAAAUAAACUACCCAGCCAUGAAAAUCUAAUUCUUAAACAUGCUUAUGGGUGUCCGAGUUCUGCAAGGUGACAAGACCGUAUAUGAACAAUAAUAAAUUGAUAAACGGAAUGGGUUCUGCCAAUAGAAAUGUGAAUAUUUUUUUCUCUAUUUUUUUUAUAUAAGAAUAUAAUGGACAUGAAUGACUUUAACUGGAGAAUAGUUGUGUUAAUGAGAGUCUGAAAAUAACUCUUAACUCAUCAACGGAGUAUUAUCUCAUCAACGGACAUGGCUUGUGGAGCCCAUUUUACCUCAUUAGAGACUCUGGAUGAAACCAGCAACAAUGGGACGUUGUGGCCUUAGGUGUACACACAAUGUGUGUGUGUGUGUAACUGGCUGGGUGUGGUUUUGGCCCGGCAUCCCUUAGUCCAGCUGUGAACUGUGACCGGUGCAUUCUGCGUUUUUGCUCACUGAUUUACCAAAUAUCACCAUCGCAAAUCCUUCUUCCAACGCCUGUUCUGUUUCCAAAGAACCUUCUCUGAAUUAAAAUUAAAUGUGUCCAUGGGGGUCCUAUCAUCAUAUUUAGAAGAAUUCUCUGUGAAACCUUUAGUAUGAAUGGACGGGGAAUAUAUUCCAGUAGGGGUGUGUUAACCACGUAUUAUUGCUGAAGACUGUUUUCUCUCCUUUUUACCAAAAAAUAUCUCGUACUGAGAUCUUUUGCAUGGCAAUUUUCUAUCAAAAGCAUUGGAAGUAAUAUACAAAAUGGUUAAUCUGUGCACAGAAUGAAAUCAUGACAUUAUAUGUCCCUUUACAUCUGUUUGUUUCAGUUGCAAUGCAUAUUGUUUUAGAGUCCUGAGCUGCGCGGCGGUUUCUUUAGUGUAAUUUGGUAAUCUGCCGUUGAAUUUACAACAUAGGAGAUUUAAAGGUAAGCUUCCAACCACUAUAACCAUUACACUGGUAGUGGUUACAAUACCAGUGCCCUGGCACCUGACAGGACCCAGGUAAGCUGUCAAACUGGGUUAAAAUGGUUUGACAAAUUAAUUUGGGAGGGUGCCAGGGCACUUCUGACACUAUAACCACUACAGCAGGCUGUGGUGGUUUUGUGUUUAGUUCUUGGAGUGUCCCUUUAUAAUUCAGUGUUUACAUUUAUUCUAAUAUGCUAGUGGCACAUUUGAUACAUUAUGAAACGUGUGUGUAGAGAAUCUAUUGUUAAAAAAUCUGCCUGCCAUGUUCCAAUAUCUGUGUCUGUAGAAUAUCAAAGGGACACUUAAGCACCAUAAUCACCUAUGGUGUGCUGUAGUGAUUAUGGUGUCAGUAGUCACCCGACACCAUCACACUGGCAAAUUGUUUUACAGAAUGUCUUAAUAGUGGGACGGCAACCCAGGAAAACUUCUGGCACCAUAGCCAAUAUAAAAUACUGUAGUGACUAUGGGGAUUCGAGUCCCCCGUUAAAAAGUUUUAGAUUUCAUUAAGAAUGAAUGUCAGUGACAGCUAAGUUCUGCACUGCAGAUACCCUUGGACUACUUUUUUAUGGGUUCAGACUGAGCAUUAUGGGAAACUGUAGUCCUCAAAUAUCUAAAUAGAUUAAAUUGUGAACAAACUAGUAGAUGAUUAAGAAAUGUAUAAUUUAAUAUAUGUCCACCUGCUACUUCUCAAGGAUCACGCCCAGGACUUUACAAAUCGGCCAUCGGACCAGCAGAUAUGUUUAAACCAGAGAUACAAUGUGAUCAGUUAUUGCAUGUAUAAAAUAUCCCAAAUCUGCUGAUAUCGGCAAGGUCAAAGUGUGGAUAAUCCAUGCCCCCUCUGCAUACAACAUUUUUAUUCAAAUACCUUGUCACCAACAGUGCAAAAAAAAAAAAACUGUUGGAGAAAAUGCUCAACACAUUAACAAUUUGGCUGCCAAACUAUUUCCAGAUAAAUGUAUUGUUGUCCACCAGCAGGAAUCCAUCCUUAUUGAAAGGAUGCUGUGUGUUCUAUUAAAAAGGGUAACUUGUACAGUGAGGAAUGAGAAGGGAAGAUCUAGAUGGUAGUCAAUGUCUUCCUUAUAUGUGUCUAUACGUGUCCAAACUUUGGGUUAUUCGCAUUGCUUGUGGUGUAAUGUACAGUCAAUAUGUUAACUGGAAUCCACCAUUCCAGCCUGUUUAUUGGUGUUCAUUAUAUGACAUCCUUCUGGUUUAAACACCCUCCUUUUAGAAAAGAUUGUUGGUUUAUGACCAUAAAAUGUAUUAACGGUUUUUAUCUGACAUAUUUUGUAUUUUAUACACUACAAAUGUCACCUGGAUUUAUAGGUGAACACAGUCUUAUAGGAAUGGAAUGUAUUAGCUAUUAUGCAGAGCAUUUCACGGACACGGGGGUUACAGCUUGUAAAAGUGAAUUGUAAAAUGUUUACUGUCUCCUAAAUUCUAUUUAAUCUUGUCUGCCUCCUUCCUUUUGGCUCAUCUAAAGAUAUUAAAAAGAUUUUCAGAAAUGUGUCUGCACCUCACAAUUUGUUUUCUGUUUAGUUACUUUUUUCCU